CGCGGAGACUUUCAUUUCUAAAACUUCCCGGCCGGCGGAAUCUAACUGCUUCAUGUUCCCGCCAAAAUCUGAAGCGAGUACGAGGCCACGUGGCUUGGGGAAUGCGUCGGAGAAGGUAAUUGUGGCCGUGAAAGCAGAGAAGGUGAUCUCGAAGACCGCAUUGGCAUGGGCUUUGACUCACGUGGUUCAUCCCGGCGACUGUAUUACGUUGCUCGCUGUCUUUUCCGACGAGGAAUCCAGUGGUAGGAAAAAGUGGCGGUUUCCGAGGUUCACCGGAGAUUGCCGGGACGGUGACCGGAAGAAGUUGUCGGAUCGGAUAUGUCAGGUCUCCGAGUCUUGUUCAGAGAUGGUUCUUCAAUUUCAAGAUCAAAUCGAGGUCAUGGUGCGGAUUAAGGUUGUAUCUGGUUUAUCUACUGGGGCAGUGGCAGCUGAAGCAAAGGGCAACGCAGCCAACUGGGUCAUAUUGGACAAAAAAUUGAAGCGAGAACACAAGCAUUGCAUGCAGGAACUUCGCUGCAACAUUGUAGUGAUGAAAGGCUCUCACCCGAAAGUCCAUAGGCUGAAUUUAGGAUGUCCUAAUGAACCACAAACCCCCUUUUUUUCUUCUGCUUCUUCCCCUAUUUCUGAGAGUGCCAAGUUGCAAUUCCAUGGGAUGAAGCAUUCUACUCCUAUCAGCAGUCCCGAGGAACCAACUACUUCCUAUACAAGACCAUCUGGAGAGAUUUCAUCAUGCAGUCCAGACACAGGAACUUCUCCUUUCCUUGUCUAUGAACAAAAUCCGUUGUUUGAAGGAUUGAACAAAGGAAAAUAUAUGCCUAUUUCUAAAUGGAAUAAUUUGGAUGAUUUAUUUAUUGCGAUGGACUUAGACAGGGAGAAGAUAAUAACUCUUUCUACAUCCCCAAAAACUACAAAUCAUAAGAGAGUGUUCUGGAUUCCCCAAUUCCAUAUUGUUGAUGAGGAAGCCCCUGCAACUAGAAACACUCCCAAAACCGAAUCUCCCGCUACAAGAACUGCACUUGAAAGCAUAAUGCUAUCGAACCAAAUUAUUAGCCCUGGCAGAGACUAUCAUUUUAACUCUAGCAUCAGAGAGGCAGUCUCCUUAGGUAGAUCUUCCUCUGUAUCUCCUCCUUUAUGUUCAAUUUGUCAACACAAGGCACCAGUCUUUGGAAAACCUCCAAGAAGGUUUCAUUUUAAGGAGCUAGCCGAAGCUACAGAUGGUUUCUCAGAAACGACUUUCUUGGCAGAAGGUCAGUUUGGUUUGGUUCACAGGGGGGUCUUGAGAGAUGGGCUGGUGGUUGCAGUGAAGCAGUUAAAUUUUGCUGGGUCUCAAGGAGAUGCAGAUUUCUGCAGGGAAGUGCGAGUAUUAUGCUGUGCACAGCAUAGGAAUGUUGUGUUGCUGAUUGGGUUUUGCAUUGAGGGGAAGAAGAGAGUAUUAGUUUAUGAGUAUAUCUGCAAUGGCUCCUUGGACUUUCAUUUACAUGGGCAAAAUAGAGCACCUCUAGAUUGGUACUCACGCCUAAAGGUAGCUAUUGGCACAGCAAGAGGCUUAAGAUACCUUCAUGAAGAUUGCAGAGUUGGAUGUAUAGUCCACAGAGACAUGCACACUAAUAACAUCCUCCUGACCCAUGAUUUUGAACCUCUGGUUGCAGAUUUUGGGCUUGCUAGGUUGCACAGGGAAUGGGAUCCAUCUGAUGAGGUGCAAGUUGCUGGAUCUUUAGGGUGUCUUGCACCAGAGCACUAUAAUGGCGGAAAAAUCACAGAGAAAGCUGACAUAUAUGCUUUUGGACUGGUUCUAUUAGAGCUAAUUACUGGUCAGAAAGCCAGCAACUUGAAAUGUCACAAGGGACGGGGCUUUUUCUCCAGCAACUUCUUCCCUUUAUCUGUCCUGGAACCAAUCCAUCUCUUAUUACAUGAACAUGAAUUGUUGGACCCCUGCUUGGCCCCUCACCAACUCCACAACCUCCCCCAUGAACUACAGGCAAUGGGUCGUGCUGCCUCCUUGUGUCUACAAGAAGAUCCCAAUUCCAGACCACCAAUGUCAAAGGUCCUUAGAAUGCUAGAAGGAGGAGAUGCAUUUAUUCCUUUGGCUUUGGACUUGAACUCAAUUGGCAGUAGAAGUGGGCACAUGCAGGGUCUGAGUUCAAAAACACAGCCUAAUUCAAGUAGGCAUUCUCGCAAGCUUUCUCACUAAGUCAAUGUGAAAGUGCUUUUGGUAUUUCUGGUAAGUCAAUUCGGUUCUACAUGUGUUAUAUCACACCAAUUCUUUUCAUAUUCUUUUCCGUCGUCGUGACAAUCUGUCAUCAUCAUUCAUUCUUGGCGAGAAUUAUUUAAAGCUUCCAUACAAUUCAGUUUACUUGUAAGUUCAAUUUGUUAUCUUUUGUUCAGGAUAUUUCUUGUAAAAAGUCUGUGGCAUACUCCCACUUUUUCUUGUAGCUAUUUCCAGGUCAUGCUCAACUCUAAUCUUUAUUCAAGGUCUGCUUUCAACUAGUGCCUUUCAGUUUUUUGAUGGUCAUCGGGCGAAAACAGGCUAACGGCCCAGAUCUUUUCAUCAGGAUGGUUCUAAUGGAUUUCUUUUUUUAAAAGAAUUUUUGGCCUUGUGUGGUUUGUGUCUCAAAAAUAUAUAGUAUCCGAAACUGUUUUGAGGAAUAGUUUUAAAUGAUGUUUUUUGUGUUGUGUCGUAGAACUUGUUGGUUAUACAA